AUGGAGUUUGAGGGGGCCUUGACAGGCGGGGACGCUCUGUUCGGCGAUCAGGACCUGCAUCCAGAGCCGCAGCCGCACCACAAGCGCCGCCGCGACCGCGCGCCGCCGUCACUGCAGCAGGACGACGAGCGCACGCCCUCGCCCCAGCCGGCCCAGCAGCCAGCCCAGCAGCAGCAGCGGGAGCAGGAGGAGGGCGGCGGUGCUGCAGCGUCAAACUAUGGGAGCACGAGCGGCGUCGCGCCCCCUCCGCUGCAGCUCAGCAACUCGAACGAUCUGACGCCCAUCGUGCUGGAGGGGCUCCAGGGCAUGCAGGAACACAUUGCGCAAGUCUUUGGAGACCUGGACAACAUGGAGCAGUCUGUGGUGGCGUUCCUCGACAAACUCAAGGACGAGUGGCGCCAGAGAAUCAACAUGGCGCGGGCCAGCCUCGCAGACUUCCAGGCCGACACCGCCGCCAGCCUCUGCCGGGUGUCUGACGAGGCGCAGGUCGGCGCGCGCCGGCGUGACCUGCUGGUGGCGGCCACCCACAACCUCAACGCCCUCGUGGCGAACCUGGGCGGCGCGGGCGGGGGCGACGGCGGGCUGUGA